GUCUCAAUCCACUUGCUUUAGAGAAGGGAGAGGUGCGUGUUUCAGUGGAGCUGGUCUCCACUAGACUCUAUAUUCAGGGGACUGGGAACUUUGUCUGACAAAGAAAACCAAGGAAAACAAGCCUGUGUGGAGAGGACUAUAAAGACUUUUCAGUUGCAACAAGGCUGCAGUUCUCUGAGUUCUGAACAUUCAGAAAGCUUGUGUUGGUGGGCAAAAAGCAGCAAGUGGAUUGUCAGGAGGGACUAACCAGAGUGACAAGGUGCCCCUGGAGUUCCAGGAGGUUGUCUCACUGAAGGAGAGGAUGGCUUUGUACCAGGCAGCCGUGUCCAAAGUAGAGAUCAGCAACUCUUCUGCUAAUGCUCUGGAGGAAUCAGAGGCUUGCAGGAUACCCGGAGGCUUGGCAAGCAUGAAAAAUCACUUUGAAAAAGGAGAAACUGGCUUAUUGCAGAAUGCUCAGCACCAAUAUCAGCAGAAAUCUGUACAGAAGGCGACAAGUCGAAGCCAAGCCAAGAUGUCAAGCAGCAGCAGUACAGAAACCAGAGUAAAUGAAGUGACUUCUAAAGCAACCCAUCUGGAAGCCUUUCAGUCAGAAAAGGUUUCUCAUCAUGAGCAAGCUUUGUUUGAGGCUAAGAAAGCUUCUAAUGUUGCUCAAAAUGGCAAGGAAACAGUGGUCAAUGCAACUGUGAAUGAGGAGAUUCCAAAGAUUUCUACACAAUCUUUAAAGCAGCACUUUGAAAAAACAGCCCAGGGAAAGAUGUUUCAUUCUGGACGAGAGAGUGGAACACCUGCAAAGCAGAUCAAAAUUGAAAAUGAGUAUCAAGAAAUGGUCUGGCCUUCUGCAGCCUUUUCCUCGUCUGCUGAAGUGGCUUCUACAAAUAGACAGCAGGGAAUAUAUUUGGUAAAGGAAACGGAGUGCACAUCUGCUGCCUCAGCUGCGGCCUACAGCAACUCUUCUAAGUAUGAGAGUACAGAGGAGUUUCCUCCUCCACCAUCUCCAGACUUACUACAGGCUCCACCUGAAAUGUCAGAGUUUUCCCAGUCCCCUGAACCCUCUCCCUGUCCAUCAAAGCAACCUCUUCCCAAGGAUCUGUAUACCAAGCAAAGAAACCUUUAUGAAUUAAAGCGUUUAUACAAACACAUCCACCCAGAGUUGAGAAAGAAUUUAGAAAAAGAUUACUUCAAUGAUAUUUCUGAGAUAGUCUCUAGUGACACCGAAAUUCGCGGCUCGUUAGCAGGAGAUAUACGCCAGGUGAGAUAUGUCUUUGAAAACACAGAAAGCAGCCCUCAAAAGUGCAUGAGCCCGGAAAGGGAGUAUUUGGAGUGGGAUGAAAUCCUAAAGGGAGAGGUCCAAUCUAUGAGGUGGAUCUUUGAGAAUCAGCCUCUGGAUUCCAUCAAAGAUGAAUCCCCUGACCCAAACAACAUUAAAAGCAUAGCUAAUCAAGAAAUAAUUGCAGGUGGAGAUGUUAAGUAUACUACUUGGAUGUUUGAAACCCAACCCAUUGAUGCGCUGGGUGCACAUUCUUUAGACAACACAGAAACUGCAGACAAAAUUCCUGAACUGGCUCGAGGAGAUGUCCGCACAGCCACUUGGAUGUUUGAAACUCAGCCAUUGGACUCAAUGAAUAAAAUUCACCAUGAAAAAGAGCAAGAAUCCAAUGAAACUUCUGUUAACAAAAUCACUGGUGGAGAUGUCAAAACAGUGAGGUAUAUGUUUGAAACACAGCAUCUGGAUAGCCUUGGACAGCUUUACUCAGUGGAUGAAAGUAAGCUGCUGCAGCUCAGAUCUGAAUUACAGCAAAUUAAAGGUGAUGUGAAGAGAAGUAUAAGGCAUUUUGAAACUCUACCAAUGUAUGUUAUUAGAAACAAUUUGGGCCAAAUGCUAGAGAUUAAAACUGUCCAUAGAGAAGACCUUGAGAGAGGAAAUGUCAGAUCAGUGCGCUGGAUGUUUGAAACACAGCCUUUAGACAUGAUUAACAAAGAUUCCAUGGAAGUCAAAAUUGUCCGUGGGAUCUCCAUGGAGGAGAGUGUCAAAGGUGAAGUGGGCAGGGCAAAAUGGUUAUUUGAAACCCAGCCUUUGGACACUAUUAAAGAGGAAACUGAAGAAACUGUUGUGGAAAAAGAAGUCAUUCUAGGCACCGAUGUCUGCAGAAAAUGUUGGCUUUUUGAGACUCAGCCUCUUGAUACCCUAAAAGAAAGUGAAGAUGCAACUUCUCUACCCACAGAAGAAAUAAUCGGAGGGGACGUAAAUACCACUAAACACUUGUUUGAAACAUUGCCAAUGGAUAUGCUAAAAGACAACCCAGAUGUUGGGAAGCUUCAAAAAAUGGCUGCCACUGAGGAAGAAAAAGGGGAUGUGAGGCAUCAGAAAUGGAUUUUUGAGACUAAGCCCCUUGAACAGAUUAGAGAGGAGAGGAAAGAAUUAAUAAGAACUGUGAGACUGGAGGAAAUUGACAAGGGAGAUGUGAGCAGCUGCAAAAAAGCAUUUGAAACGUACCAUUUAAGAAAACAUGACGACUCAUAUAAAAUCCAUGUUGAAGGUGUAACAAGAGGUGCUGUGAAAUUAAAUAAAGCUGUGUUUGAAACAACUCCAUUAUAUGCCAUCCAGGACAGACUUGGGAAAUAUCAUGAAGUUAAAACAAUUCGACAAGAAGAAGUUGUAAGAGGGGAUGUCAGGAACUGCAGGUGGCUCUUUGAGACAAGGCCCAUUGACCAGUUUGAUGAGAGUAUCAAAAAAAUUGAGAUCAUCAGAGGGAUAUCAUCACAAGAAGUACAGUCGGGUGAUGUGAAAACAGCUAAGUGGCUGUUUGAAACUCAGCCUCUUGACUCUAUUAAAUAUUUUAGCAAUGUGGAAGAUGAAGAAAGCAGAGAACAAGCUGAGACAAUAGAAAUUGUCAAAGGGGAUGUUAAAAUGUGCAGGUGGCUAUUUGAAACCCAGCCAAUGGAAUCUCUAUAUGACAAAGAGAAGGUCAUGAUGGAUAGCGAAGAAAUACACAGAGGAGAUGUCAAAACCUGUACCUGGCUCUUUGAAACCCAGCCUCUUGAUGCAAUAGGGGAAGAAUCAGAAACAGCCAUAAAACUACGCACAGUGGAGCAGAAGGAUAUUCAGGGACAUGAUGUCCGCACAGCAUGUUUCCUUUUUGAGACUGAAAACCUAGAAAAUAUACAAGGAGAAGAAGACAAAGAACUCAAACGAGUGGUGGAAAUUGAUAUCCAGCCUGGAGAUGUCUCUACCAUGCGGUAUAAAUUUGAGAACCAGUCAUUAGACUCAAUAAAUGUCAACUCAGAGGAAGUUGUCAACAAAAUUAAAACCAUACAAAGUGAAGAUAUACAGAAAGGGGAUGUCUUGCGCUGCUGUUGGCUUUUUGAGAACCGGUCUAUUGAUGAAAUAACAGAGCACCAAGGAGACAGGACCUCAGUUAAAACUGUUACAGAUAUACAAGGUGGAAAUGUGAGGAAAGGAUGCUUCAUCUUUGAGACUUUUUCUUUGGACCAGAUUAAAGAUGAAUCUUCUGUAGAUGUAAGCACCAAGAAAACCAUAAGUGAAGAAGAAAUCACAAGGGGGGACGUGAAAAGCUACAGAAUGCUCUUUGAGACCCAGCCACUUUAUGCAAUUCAAGACAAAGAAGGGUAUUAUCAUGAGGUGACUACUGUGAAGAAGGAAGAAGUACUUCAUGGGGAUGUACGUGGGACUCGGUGGCUGUUUGAAACUAAGCCUUUAGGAUCAAUAAAUAAAUCAGAUAACGUGUAUAUUAUAAAAUCUGUCACCCAGGAAGAUAUUCAGAAAGGAUGUGUUAAUUCAGUUAGAUACCGAUUUGAAACACAGCCAUUAGACACCAUUUCAGAUGAGGAAAAAGUCAUUGUUCCCACAGUCGACAGUGUCCAGGGUGGUGACGUGAAGGCCAGCAAGAAAGUAUUUGAGUCUAAAGAAACCCAAGGGGGCACGUAUGUGAGAACAGUGAGUGUCAGCGAAAUACAGCAAGGCAAUGUUAAAACUUCUACUUGGUUAUUUGAAACACACACCAUGGAUGAGAUUAGAGGAGAGGGAUCAGAGUAUAAAGAUGUCAAGACAGUAACAAAGGAAGAUGUGCAAGAAGGUGAUGUUCAGCAUGCAGUGUGGCUUUUUGAAAACCAACCUCUAGACUCCAUUAAGGAAACUGAUGAAAGUGAAACAAAAAUAGAUAAAGAAGAAAUUCCACAGGCAGAUGUAAAGACAACAACAUGGCUUUUUGAAACAACUCCUUUCCAUGAAUUCAAUGAAAGUAAAGUUGAAAAGGAAGAAAUCAUAGGGAAAAGUGUGAAAGAAACUUUAAAGGAACUUUAUUCUCACAAAGUUGUAGAAUCUCAUGGGAUUAUCUUGGAAGCAGACGAAAUUGGAGAUGUCCGAAUGGCAAAAUAUAAUCUCAUGAAUCAGGAAGCUCCUGAAAUACAAAAAGAAGAGAUUAUUAGAGGAGAUUUAGCCAACAUCAUGGUGAACCUGCUGUCCAAACCAAGCACUGUUGAAAGGGAAACAAAAAUCAGUGAAGAUGAAAAGGGCAAUGUGGAUUUGACCAAAAAGCAGUUGCUGAAUAGAUCAACAAAUGUUCACAUUGAAAAGGAAGAGGUAGUGAGAGGUGAUAUACAACAAGCCAUAAAAAAACUGUUUAGUAAGGACAGGUCUGUAAAACGUGGAAUUUUAAUUCAGGAAAAUGAGAGAGGUGAUAUUAACAUGACAGUCUAUACUCUCUUUCACAAAGAAGAUAGUAAUAAAAUCAAACAAGAUGAAGUGAUAUGUGGUGAUGUGAAGCGGACAAUUCAUAGCCUUUUCUCUUCUGCAAUGAAUUAUAAGAUAUCAGAAAGACCUAAAAUAGAUGAUUCAGAAAGGGGAAAUGUUCAGUUUUUUACCACUUGCAUAGAAUCUGGGGCUCUAGAUUAUUUGAAACAACUCCAGACAGGGACAAAUGAAACAUUUGCAACACAGGAUCAAGAGGAGGAGGAGGAGGAAAUCAUUGGCGGCGAUGUUGAAGGCACAAAACUGUUGCUUAAGACAAAGAAGUCUCAAAUUCAACGGACAGUUGAUGAAACUGACAUUAUCCCCGGAGAUGUGUGUAAUGCAGUUAAGAUCUUUAUGACUGAGCCACAAAAUAAAUCUUGUCAUUUAUGCAAAGAAGAAAUUAUAAAAGGCGAUUUGAAGGCAGCUUUAAAUUCCCUCAGCCAGGCCAUAACUCAAACAACUGUUACAGAGAAGGAAGAAAUUAUAAAAGCUGACAUCCUUGCAAUUCUGAAGUCUCUUAAAGAAUCAGCUUCUCAGCUUAAGGAAACAGAAAAACCCGAUGUCAUCCCUGGUGAUAUUAAGCGGGCGAUUGAAUCUUUGGAGAAAGCAAGACACGCAAAAACCAAAGUCUCAAGAGAAGAAGUUGUUCGAGGUGACCUUGAGUCCACACUGUGGUCUUUAAAAGCAGCUCAGCAGUCUUUCAAACAAGUUGGCAAAGAAGAAAUAGUCAGAGAUAUUCAAACUGAUGUAGGGAGCUUUCUAGAAACCUCCACAGAAACUAAAACAAUGCAACACCAAGCAGGCAGAUGCAGAGAUAGGAAAAGAACCACUGAGGUGCUGCUUGAGCCAUCUCAGCAAUUGGUCAAGAACCAGAUUAAUGUAACUGGAAGUUUACAAAAUAAUAUCGAAUCUCAUCAGGAACAUCAUGAAGGAAUGAAGUCUGAGAAAAAAAGCAUCCUCACUGGAGACACCAAAACAAUCCAUUUUAUUCAGAAACAGAGCAGCAAGGCGCAUGAGGCAGAUAAGAAAAAUGAGAAGUGCUUAUCUAAUUCCCACCACAAGGUCACUGGGAAAGUGGAUAAGUCUAUGGAUAAGGUCAGAGGCCAGAACAUUGCAAAAAAAGAAGCAAAAAGACAUCCUGAUCAAUAUGUGAUUGAUCAACCUGCUUUUUCUAGCAAUGCUCAGAAGAAUGAAAGAACAGAGAAGUCAGAGACAAGCAGAAUACUGAGGAAAGGUAGUGCAUCCAAUGUUGUACAGUCUGCAAAACAAACAAUGACUGGAAAGAAACAGGAUGUGUAUAAUGAAUGUAAAGAUGAAGAAUAUUUUGACAUGAACAGUCUGGAGGAGAUGAAAGAAAAGUCAAAAUUGUCAACACGUGAUCAUAGCUCCCAUCACAGAGGUGCAGAGCAGCUGGUCAGCAUGUCCGCUGGCAUGAUUUCCAAAGCAACUGGUGAUGUUCAAGUGCAAGAGGUGCAGCAAGAUAGAAAACAAUCUCAGUAUCCAAAGGAGUUUUGCCAAGAGAAGAAAAAGACUGUUAAGGCGAGCCAAGCUGAUGUUUCCAUGGCAUCAGAACAGAAUAUAAAAACCAAUCAAAAAGCCAGAGUCACCCAGGAAAGGCAUGGCCGGUUUAAAGAAGCUGAAAGGAAGCAAAAGUGUAACGUUAUCCAGCAAAAUGAGAAAUCCACACUGAGGUUUCAAGGAAAGGGUAAAGUGGAAGCUGCUGAAUCAGACUUCAGAGUUCUAGUGAAAAAUCCUCUGAAUCCAAACAAAAAUCCUAAAAACCCAGACAGAUCAGAAAUGGAUUCUCCUCCUCCACCACCUCCUCCUCCUUCACCCCCAGCUUCAUUGGCUUCGUCUGAAGCUGACCUUCCUCUUCCGCCACCUCCUCCUCUAACCCAUUUAAUGAUGGCUUCUGACAGGCAAAGUUUCCCUUCACCUCCACCACCUAUUGGACAGGCCAAAGCUGAGAGUGAGCAUUUUCCUUCACCACCACCCCCAAUAGAAGACAAAUACGAAUGUGAAUUGGUGGGUUUGCCUUCAUCAUCUCUACCUCAGCCCUUUGCUGUUCCUCAGCCAAAGCAAAAGAAAGAGAAAUUUCUCAAAUAUCUAGACAACACAUUGCAGCAGUCAGCUCACCUUCAUGCCAGCGUUAAAUUUGGCAGAGCCCCACACACCAAGAAACAUCCCCAGAUGGAGCUUACAAAAGAGUUAGAAACGAGCCAGCCUAAAACGUCUAAAAAAGUUCAGCCAAAUAUUGUUCAGCUGCACCAAGAAAACUAUACCACAAAAAGAAUGGAAGAAAACAUAGAAAGCACUACAACGAGAAAUAUCGUUACCGGUGAAAAGAGAGAGGAAAAAGGUUGUAUGAGAGCUGAAGAGGUUAGAAGGCCAUCAUCAGUUACGGAUGUGAUGAAGGUGGAGGCCUCACUGUUAAAGAAAACAUGUGCAUUUCCACUUGUCAGAUCCCCUUCCCUGCCAGCAGAUGCAACACAAAUGAGGCCUAAGCCUUAUGUGCAAAAAUUUAAAACCCCUUUAAUGAUUGCAGAAGAAAAAUACAGGCAGCAAAGAGAACAGAUGGAGCAGAAGCAACCCAAAGAUGUUUGUCAAGUGGUGAUGAGACGAAGCAGUGAAACUUUGGGAAGUUCAUUUCAGGCAGAGCCAGAACAGUGUCUGCCAGAACUAAAAUCAGAUGAACAGGAUCAAACUGCUCUGCAAAGUCCAUUGCCUUCUGCAGCUCCAGAUAGGCUGACUGAGCUUGAAUGUCAGGGGAAGUCACAAGUUGUGGGAUCACAAAGUAAUGAAUUACAGCCUAUGUCCAAAGUAGCAGCAGCUGAACAGUCUCAAAACAUUUUUAAAAUCUCAGCAGAAGAGCAUGUUCAAAAAAAGUUGGAGCAUGAGUCGCAAAACCUUUCAAAACAGGUAUCUUCUCAGAAGGUACAGACCCAUGAAAACCGUACUAUGCACAAAAGAGAGCAACACAGAAAUGAGGAACAUUUGCACAUGUCUAAGAAUAAAACAGUGUCCCCUACUUUCAAAGUUAGAACCAUCAAGCUUCCUGUGUUAGAACAAAGCUCCUAUGAAACCCACAAGGAGUCUGAGAUGCACAAAGAGAAAGAGGGAGCUACUGUCCAGAAAGCUGUGAAGCAAGAAAUUAAAGAGAAACAGAAAGAAAACAUAAGCAACUCUAUCAGAAAAAAGCAAAGCGCAGCAAAAGCAAAUAACCAGGUGAACGUUGAUGAGAAGUUGCACAUGGAAAAAUCACUUUUAAAAUAUACCGAAGGCAAGCAACAAGUAAGAGAGAAAGAUUCCAGUGAAGUGAAGCAAAGAUUAGUUCAAAGGAAGGAAACAGGGAAAGAAGAAAUUAAGCAAGAAGGAGUCUCUUUGGCUGUGGAAGGAAAGCAGAAGCAGGUAACUGUUUUCCCUAAAGGGGAGAAAGUAAUAAUCCAAAGAAAGCUAGAGGAGGUUAGUAAUAAAUCAGAGAAAAUGGUCAAGCAAAAGAUAAUUGAUAUGCAUCAGGAUUCACAGACACUGAUUUCAGAAAAAGAGAAAAAAAUUGUUGCAGAAACUAAUGCCCAGAAUAAAAAACUGUCCCAGCAAAAUAACAGCCUACAAGGAAAGGAAUAUGCUCAGGAAACCAUGCAGCAGAAAAAAGGCAUUUUAAAGGCAACCGAGCUGAAACAAGAGCUUACACAGAAAAAAACAUUAUCAUCUACUUCUCCAAGGGGAUCACUGCUGAGUAAUGAGAAGAGCUCCGUAGAUGUGUUAGAGUUCUUGAGGAAACGGGAGGAGGUACAGCAGGUAUUGUCCAGAGUGAAGGAGUUUGAAACUGAGCCAAAUAAAAAUGGAGUCAAAACAUUUCAGACGUUUUUAAAUGUUAUUCCAGAGUGGCUGGUAGAACAAGACAAGAUGCAAAGCCUAACUUUCUUUGCACAAGAGAAUGAUGUUGAGAAGAUUAAAGAAGAAUUAUUGGUGAUCAAAGAGCAAGCCACCAAAAUGCUUGAAUUGUGUGAAGAGGCAAUCCAGACAGCUAUGAUUUCCACAACACCCCGGAAACUUAGAAAAGAUUUUCCUAAAGUUGGAGGAUCAGCACAAAAAAUAGCUAAAGUAAGCAUUAGCUCCAGCAGGAAAGAAUCGCAGAAAACUGAAGAGAUUAUCAAAGACACAAUGGCACAGCAGGAAAUGAAACAGCAAGUCAGCGAACACAGGUUUUCAGAAACCAGAACGUCUUCACCAUCAUCCCUAAGAAUGAGAGCACCCUCGCCUACUUACAUUACAAUUGAAUCCAGAUGCAUCGAAUCUCCUCUCAGGGAGAUUUUGUCUCCUGUUCAAAGGGAAAGUACCCCACUUCCGCCAUCACCCCCGCCCAGAUCUGCUACACCAACAUCUAAGGUGCAACAGUCAGUCACCUGCCUCUCUCCCUCUCCUCCAAGAAGCCGUUCUGAGCAACUUGCCAAGCUUAAAGACACCACAAUGAAACUCUCUCAAGGAGCAACACAAAACAGAUCAGUAACCCCAGUUCCGAUCGUCGAAAAAAGGUCAGAGAUAGUUAAAUCUCCUGCAACGCUCCGCCGACAGAUCAAGAUCGAGGCACGGCAGUCUUCACAAAUGUUAUCCGUAAAUGAAUCUCAAAUAGCUGCUGGUACAGUGAAGAAAGCUCACGAAAAAUCUGAAACAAACAAGACAUAUGUCUCCAAAAAGAGAGGAAACAUUCCAGAGGGCUUAGAGCAACACAGACAAAAGUUGGACUCUGUUUCCAUGACUCAGAAGUUUGACGUUCCUAAAGGUGAUCCUGAAGGGCGUGUGCCAAAGGUCAAAGCCCCUGAGCAGAUUAUUCCCAUAAGGAGAGAACCAGCUGCACCUGAAAGUUUGGACAAUGAGAGUGAGGAUAAAAUACAUAUUGUGUUAGGAACAUCUAAAUUAGAUAAGCCAAUUGCAGAGGUGAAAUCAAAUAAAAAGUGUGUUGAAAAUGGUAUGUUCAGUGGUAAAAUAAAAGAAGAAAGGCACAGGUUUAGAAAGGAAGAAUUGGACCAAACUUUCCAGGAGAGCAAAAAGCAAGUAGACAGUUUCCAAAAGUCUCUAGGCAAACAGCAAAGAGAACCAAAGGAAAAUACAUCUUGCACGCAAAAGCAAUGUGUCAUUAAAGAGCAUUCAUUGGAACCCGUGGUGUGCUUUGAUGCAAAGUUUCACACCGAAUGCUCUUCUGGCAUGGAUACUUUUGAGAACACCAUUGUUGAAUCAAGCACUGCCACCUCCUCAUCGCAAAGUGCAGAUGGGAUGCAGUUGGGAUUUGGCUUCAAGCGUGCCCCACCAACGUAUGAAGAUGUCAUCUCAGGGCACAUCUUGGAUAUAUCAGCUGCUGAUUCACCAGAAGAGCUGCUAAGAAAUUUUCAGAAGACUUGGCAAGAAAGCGAGAGAGUCUUUAAAAGCCUCGGCUACACCGUCUCUGAUGCUGCUGAAGCAGAAGUGAGAAGUUGCUUCCAUGAGGAAGCAGAGUUUAUCAGUGAGAUUGCAAGUUCAGGGAAAGGAAACAUGCCUAUUUUGUCAAAAGAGAGUUUACCCAAUGGAGUGCCUGGUUGCCGACAAGCAGACCUUUCAUAAAUCAUGUUUUCGGUGUCACCAUUGCAGCAGUAAAUUAAGCUUGGGAAAUUAUGCUUCUCUCCAUGGAAAAAUAUACUGUAAACCCCAUUUUAAGCAACUUUUCAAAUCCAAAGGAAAUUAUGAUGAAG